AUGUCGUGCACCGAGUUCCAGGACCUGUUUAACCGGAUCAUGCUGGAGGAUCUCUACCGAUGUGUACCUGGACCACUCGCAGUGCACCUUAACGACAAGCAACCCAAGACACUUGUGGACGCUUGUCGCCUGGCUGACGACUGGGAGACCUUCAACCCCUCUCACAGCACUGCCCACCGACGCAUAGUGCCACCCGGUCACCUCUCCGGAUUCACUCGGCCCAAGGACCCCCACCAGGGACCACCACGGACGUGCAACUUUUUUUCAGGCAGGCAUUCCGAUCCAGCUGCCACCACGACCCAUCGACCACCUGACAGGGACCGGUGCAAGGACUGUGGCCAGAAGGGCCAUUGGUCUGCACGAUUCCCAGGUUGUCCCAAGCAACAGAGGAAGAGCGUGAAUCUUGUCUCCACGGACCAGCCCCCGAAGGAGUGGGCCCAGUUCAGGGGAGUGGCGGUGGCCCCCCUCGGAGGGUCCCUUCCCCAGGAAGAGUUACUCACCAUGCUGGACACCGGAGCCGAUGUUAGCCUGAUUGCCCGGACCCACGUACCUGCGGGUGCCCACAUACGGGAAGAUGAACGAUGGACCAUAAGCUGGGUCGAGGAGCAGUCGAAGGAUAUCCCGACAGUCCAGCUCCAAGUCAGCACCCCGUGGGGACCCAUGGAACAUCGCCUAGGCGUAGUGAGCUCCAUCAAGCCAGGGUGUCAGUUCCUGCUUGGCCGAGACCUGCUGUGGCGCCUUCCCCAAGAGGUGCCUCUGCGGUGUAUGACUGCCCUGGCUCCUCCGGAGCCUCCUCCAACCAAGGCUACACCUCAACCGGAUCUGGGGUUAGGGGAUGUCCCCUGGCUUCAGGAGGGACCCAUGCCGACCCCCGAGUCCCAGCGUGCAAGCCGAAUCGACACCCUGCUGGUCGCGGGGGCUGCUGCCCAGUUGCCGGAGCUCCGCCGGUCGCAGUUAAUCGCUGCCCAACACGAAGAUGACGACCUUCUCCCAUUGCGGGAGGAGGCCCUCCCCCAGCUUGAGGACCUCCACGAUCUCACCAAGACCAGGUACCUCGUCGAGGAUAACGUUCUCUACAAGAUUUCCCGGGGCCUAGAGGAACCCGCACACACCAUGCACAAGAUGGUAGUAGUGCCUAGGAAGUUACAAACCCGAGUCCUCCAGCUGGCCCAUGACGGACUGGGAGGCCAUUUUGGGGUUAAUCGCACCGCAAGGUUAUUGGAGGGAAAAUUUUAUUGGCCAGGGUGGCGCAAGUCGGUGAAGACCUAUGUCACGUCUUGCCCCGCCUGCCAACGCGUAGGGAAGCCCAACGAAGUAGUCCCCAAGGCCCCCAUUCAAAACAUCCCAUCUGUCGGUGUUCCGUUCCAGGAUGUGGUCAUUGACUACUACACGCCGGAAGGAAGGAGGAAGCAGAAAACUGGAAAUUCACAUGUGCUCACCAUCAUCGAUCGGUUCACACGCUAUCCCGAAGCCAUACCGGUGCGGAGCACCAGUUCCAAGAAUGCUGUCAAGGCCCUCCUACAUUUCUUCUGCCGGUUCGGGUUCCCCGCCACAAUCCAAAGUGAUGGGGGAAGUCACUUUAUGUCAAAAGAGUUCAGGGAUAGCCUGGCCAGCCAUGGCAUAACACACCUCCACUCGACUCCUUACCACCCCGAGAGCCAGGGGAUCAUCGAGCGCUUCCACCAAACACUAGGGGCUCGGCUCUCUACUCUGAUAGAAGAAAAUGGGGGCGGGUGGGAAGACAACUUACCCUACGCCCUCUUUUCAAUCCGACAGGCACCCUCGGAGACCCUUGGGUAUAGCCCGUUUGAGCUUUUGUUUGCUCACUCCACGCGGGGCCCACUCGAUAUACUCUAUGACGCUUGGGCAGACCCGGAGAAGGCUGCCUGGGCUGAAAAUCUGCCCAUUAUCCAGCGGAACCUCCAGGCCGCCUGGGCGGUGGCCCAAGCUCACGAAUCGGCCACUCAAGAGCGGGUUAAGUUACGAAUGGACAAAAAGGCUAGCACCCGUAGUUUCGAGGUUGGGGAACAAGUAAUGGUGCUCCGCCUUGGCGCCUCUCGUCCCCUCCAGACGCAUUUCACGGGCCCCCACAAGAUUCUGGCAAAAAGGGGGCAGCUCAACUACCUGGUAGACUGCGGACAGCGUAGAGCCAAGUGGCUCCACAUCAACCUACUGAAGCCUUUCCAGGAAAGAGGCAGCUCCCAACCGGCCCUGCCCGACCAGGGAGUCAUGGUGGGCUCAGUGAGUACAUUCCAAUUACCAGAGAAAAACUCGCAGAUCCUGGCAAAUAUCCAUCGCAUCACGCCGGGACUUGAGGAGUCGAAAAGGAAGGAUAUUAGUGACCUGCUCCGGAAGUAUCCGCAAGUGACUAGGGAUGACCUGGGCUGCACGUCAAUGGCGGAGCACGCUAUUCGGCUGGAAGAUAACGCACGCCCGAUCGCUCAGGGCUACUAUAAGGUAAACCCCCAACGUGCGGAGAGAAUACAAGCCCAAGUUCAGCUCCAGCUAGAUAUGGGCCUAAUCGAGAAAUCGACCAGUCCCUGGUCCUCCCCAGUAGUGCUAGUCCCUAAGGAAGAGGGUGGGGACCGGCUGUGCAUCGACUUCCGAAAGCUGAACGCGGUCACCCAGCCGGAACCCUAUCCUCUGCCACACAUUGAAGUCUGUCUGGACAGCCUAGGCCAGGCCCCCUUUCUCAGCAAGAUCGACUUGGAAAAGGGGUACUGGCAAGUUCCACUAGCCGACGGCUCCCGGCACCUAACCGCUUUCUCCACCCCUUCGGGGCACUAUCAGUGUCGGGUAAUGCCUUUUGGGUUGAAAAAUGCUCCAAGCUGCUUCCAGCGGCUCAUGAAUGAAGUCCUAGCAGGCAUUCCGAACUGCGUAGUGUACCUGGAUGACAUUGUCAUCUUCGCUAACUCCUGGGAGGAGCACCUAAAAAUCCUGGCCCAAGUAUUCCAGGCCCUGCAGCAGGCAAACCUGGUGGUUAAUUUGCGUAAGUGCCAGUUCGGGGUGGCAGAGAUCACCUACUUGGGCCACGUCGUGGGCAAUGGCAAAUUGAUGCCCAAAGAUGCAAACGUUCAGGCCAUCCGAGAGAUGCCCUAUCCCACCACGAAGAAGGACGCCCAAAGAUUCUUAGGAAUGGUCCAGUAUUUCAAGCGGUUCAUCCCGAACCUCUCGGAAGCAGCUGCGCCCAUCACCAAUUUGUUCCGAGGAAACCAGGAAUUUCGGUGCACCCCCGAGUGUAAGAAAGCCUAUGACUAUCUCAAGGGGAUCCUCAUCAGCAACCCGGUUCUGCGGACCCCAGACUAUGAUCGACCUUUUUAUAUGGCCGUAGAUGCAAGUGACAUAGGGGUAGGAGCGGUACUGUUCCAGGAGAAGGAGCAAGUGCGCCACCCUGUUGCUUACUACUCCAAGAAAUUGAAUCCAGCCCAGACCCGAUACAGUACCAUUGAGAAGGAGCUCCUCGGGUUGGUUCUAGCAAUGAAGCAUUUCGAAUCGUACCACUCGGACCACAAAUUCCCCUUAACAAUCCUGACCGACCACAACCCCUUGGUCUACCUGACAAAUUUCAGAAACCAGAACAAGAGGCUCAUGAGAUGGUGCUUAGAUCUGCAGGAUCACAAUUGGCAAAUACAACACAUAAAGGGGACUGAUAACAAAAUAGCGGAUGUGCUCUCCCGGCAGUAA